AAGGGCGUUCAUAUAAACGCAAGGCAUCCAGACCUGAAGAAGCUCCCCGGACCUAGGCCCGUUUUGGGUGACUGACAUACACGGAACCACCCAAAGCAAUUCUCCACCGCCCGACCGAUGGCUUGACCACUACAAAAAAAGCUUCUUAUCACGCGAUGCUAUUCUAAGCUGGCCACGAGGUCUCGUUUGAUGGCAUCGGUGAAGGCUCACUCCCUACCUCACCUGGACCCGGGUGAGGUUUCCUUGGUGGAUCUCGCAGAGGAUGAUCCCAGAGAUGUCGUAUCUUUCUCCGACAAGGAGGCAUUGACCCUACAACUAUAUCACCAAAUUCAGGAACAGGAACUAGAAAAGGCACUACUGGAACAAGAUUCCGAGUUACUCUCUGGGGACGGUGCCGAAGAACAGCUGGCUAUUGCAGAACGUGAGCUUCUUGAAGCUAGAGCUACUUACACGGUCAGGCGGAAGGCCCUUGGAGCCGUUCUUAUGACAGAUCCUACUCUCAGAGCUGUUCUUCUGAAAGCUACAUUUCCGACUGAACAAACGCUUCUUCGUCUUGUCAAUCGACGUGACGUGCUCUCGCUAGCACAUGAAAAUUUGAAUGCUGCGCUGAACUCGACUCUGAAGAAGUUGUCCAAUACGGAAGUAGAAAAUCUCCAGCUGCACCAAACAAACAAAGAGCUCGUGCGAGAGUUACUAGAUCUGACGAAGAAUGAUGAAUCAUGGAAAGAAGAACUUGACGACAUGAAUGUCAAGACGCUGCUUGAGCAAGUCAAAGUGGAUCAUCGAAAGAGCAAAGCGAAAUGGGAAACUAUAAAAAGCAUUACUAGCGCCAUUGUUGUUGGCAGUGGCGUCAACUGGUCUGAAGAUGAAGAGCUUAUGGCUCUUGUCUUGGAUGAAUCUGACGAUUGAUAGAUUGGUGGCAGGUGAUGAAUCUUGUCCUCCAAAUGAUGCCGGCAUUACUAUUCGAAUGGCGUUGACUUGAUAUACCUUUCUUGGCUAGCUCCCGAAAUAGAAACAAUAUGAUGCCUUGUUAAAACUAGUUAGGGCCUAUGGAGUAUUGUGUAGAAAAUGGGACUACUCCGUAAUUGGGGAGAAGAACUCAAGGGGGAGGAAAAUACACAGUAACCAUGCCAACAAAAAGAAAAGUGCAUCGACCCACGUGACAUCAUCUGGUUCCCGAUGACGGCAAAGAGCGCGUUCGUCAUGAUUUUUGCAAGCACACCCAAAAAAAAAGGUGAUGAAGUAAAUUGAUACCUCCAGAAAUCAUAAAUAAAUUACAACAAAAAAGUUAGCAAUCAACGCUAAAAUUCACGUAUGAUCGAAAAACCACUCCACACCUACUCAAAUGGUGAGGGUUGAAAAAAAAUUCAAGGGGGAAAAAAUCAAAAGGGAAGGAGAGCUCCAUAAAAUGCAUGAGCAUAUGAAGAGCGCGUAUCAUAAAAGCAUGGGAGAGG